AACGACAACAAUAAAAAAAAAUAACAUUAUAUUUCCAAGUUACCAAGUCCGACGCGUACGUCUUAUAAUAUAAUAAUUAUUAUUAAGAUCUGUGUUUGUGCGUUAAUUUAUUGACGUUUUGUGCUCGUGGAAUAGAAUGUUCGCCGUCUGUUGAAAGUCGAACCUGUUUUUUUAAAUUGUUGCCGUAGUCGAUCCCGUCAAAAUGAGCUUCCUAAGUAAACUAUUCGGUGGCAAAAAGGAAGAAAAAGGCCCUUCUACCGAGGAUGCCAUUCAAAAGCUGAGGGCCACGGAGGAGUUGUUGAUCAAGAAACAAGAGUUCUUGCAAAAGAAAAUCGACCAAGAGUUGGAAAUAGCCAAAAAGAAUGGCACCACGAAUAAACGAGCGGCAAUACAGGCGUUGAAACGCAAGAAACGCUAUGAGCAACAAUUGGAGCAAAUAGAUGGCACAAUGUUAACAAUUGAAACACAACGAGACGCUCUAGAAGGCGCCAACACAAAUAAUGCUGUUUUGACUACUAUGAAAACGGCUGCCGACGCACUUAAGACAGCACAUCAAAAUAUGAAUGUAGAUGAUGUUCAUAAUAUGAUGGAUGACAUAGCGGAAUCACAAGAAUUAUCAAAGGAAAUUUCGGAAGCUAUUUCCAAUCCAAGUGGCAUUGGUAUUGAUGUAGACGAUGAUGAUCUACAAAAGGAAUUAGAUCAAUUAGAACAAGAAGAACUGGACAAAGAACUAUUGAAUACAGGCAAGACACCAUUAUCAGAUUUGCCAACUCCCGCUGUUCCAACCAGCGAGCCUGGCGGAAGAAGCAAAGCAAAAACAAAAGUUGUGGAAGACGAUGACGAUGAAAUGAAAGAAUUAGCCAAAUGGGCUUCGUAAAAACAUAUAUUGCUACAAUCCAUUUAGCGGUAAUCAUAUUAUAAAUAAAAAAUAAAACAAUUAUAACAUUUUUAAACAAAUUUAAAGUUAUCAGUACAAUAUACUAUUAUUAUUUUAUACAUAGAGGUGAGGCAUUUACUGUUUUAACACGAAUUUAUUAUUACCGCCCAA